GCUCUGCCGCUGCCGGGUGCGCUGGGGCCGGCGCGAUGCGGCAGCUGUGCCGCGGCCGCGCGCUGGGCAUCUCGGUGGCCAUCGCGCACGGGGUCUUCUCGGGCUCCCUCAACAUCCUGCUCAAGUUCCUCAUCAGCCGCUACCAGUUCACCUUCCUGACCCUGGUGCAGUGCCUGACCAGCUCCACCGCGGCGCUGAGCCUGGAGCUGCUGCGGCGCCUCGGGCUCGUAGCUGUGCCCCCCUUCAGCCUGAGCCUGGCGCGCUCCUUCGCGGGGGUCGCGGUGCUCUCCACGCUGCAGUCCAGCCUCACACUCUGGUCCCUGCGCGGCCUCAGCCUGCCCAUGUACGUGGUCUUCAAGCGUUGCCUGCCCCUGGUCACCAUGCUCAUCGGCGUCCUGGUGCUCAAGAACGGCGCGCCCUCGCCCGGGGUGCUCGCGGCCGUGCUCAUCACCACCUGCGGCGCCGCCCUGGCAGGAGCCGGCGACCUGACCGGCGACCCCCUGGGGUACGUCACGGGCGUGCUGGCGGUGCUGGUGCACGCCGCCUACCUGGUGCUCAUCCAGAAGGCGAGCGCAGACACGGAGCACGGGCCGCUCACCGCGCAGUAUGUCAUCGCCAUCUCCGCUACCCCGCUGCUGGUCGUCUGCUCCUUCGCCAGCACGGACUCCAUCCACGCCUGGACCUUCUCGGGCUGGAAGGAUCCGGCCAUGGUCUGCAUUUUUGUGGCCUGCAUCCUGAUCGGCUGCGCCAUGAACUUCACCACCCUGCACUGUACCUACAUUAACUCGGCGGUGACCACCAGCUUCGUGGGCGUGGUGAAGAGCAUUGCCACCAUCACAGUGGGUAUGGUGGCCUUCAGCGACGUGGAGCCCACCUCUCUGUUCAUUGCCGGAGUCGUGGUGAACACCUUGGGCUCCAUCAUUUACUGUGUGGCCAAAUUCGUGGAGACCAGAAGGCAGAGCAACUAUGAGGACCUGGAGUCGCAGCCCCAGGGAGAGGAAAGGAAGCCAAGUGGAGACCAGCUGCCGUUCUCGAUGGAGGAGCUGCCCAGGGAGGAUGGAAAUGGUGGGUCAGAGGGCAGGGAGGGAGCAGGUGGCUCGACUCAGCAGAGUGGACCAGAGGCGAAGGGCAGCCCCCAAGGGGUCCCGCUGGUGGCUAGGAGCUCACCCCUAUCAGACAGCUCCGAAGAAGGGAGUAGGAGGUCCUUAAAGGAUGCAUACCUGGAAGUGUGGAGGUUAGUUAGGGGAACCAAGUAUAUGAAGAAGGAUUAUUUGAUAGAAAAUGAGGAGUUACCCAGCCCCUGAAAGGGAUGUGCAUGUAUGUACAUAUGUACAUACAGUUAUUUUAUAUAUUAGAAAUAUUAUAAUGAGGGGGCUCCCACUUUUAUUCUUUGGGGAGUAGGGAGAGGAAGCAGAGAAAGAAACUGAAAGGGACAGAGCAAUACAAUUAGCACCCAUGUGAAUUACAUAGCUCAAAUUUGCUUGUGUAUCACAGAGGGAACAAAGAUGUGAAGGUGCUUAACAAAGAGAAACAAUGGUUUCGCUUCAACUCCUGACACAUUUAGUUUUUGUCUUUAUAACCAUAACCAAAUACCUGCAUGUACCAAGAGUCCUUCAACCAACACCUCCGAAGAUGAUGACACUGCUUAAUAAAUUCAAAGAUUACCCUCAGGGGCACGUUUUUGAUGAUAGAACUACAGUUGUUAUUGCCAGCAGGGCAAAGAGUAUAUUGUUGAAAUAACAGAAAUAAAUACACUAAAUUAAUGUUUACUGUUUAGAGUCAUCUGAAAUGUCAUGUUUACUCUAAUUUUUCUUCACUUGUUUUUAAAAAAAUAAAUGUUCUACUAUUCUAUAUUGGUAGAAAAUGAAGCUAUUUUGACAAUAUGAGCUUUUCGCUUUGAUUAUGAAGUCUCAAGUUUGCUUUGAGUAAUUGUAAAAAUAUUUUAAAUGUUGUUUUGGUUUCUGGCUUUAUAGUAUUUAUUAUUGAAUGCCAUAGUCUUUGAAAAAGUCAGUUUUACUGUGUGAUAUUCUUUCCAGCAAAUGCAAUGGCUGAGAUAUAAUUGUGUGUUGACUGCAGCCCAGCCAGAAGAGACACCCUCCUGUAAGCAAUUCCAAGUCGCACUGCACAUGUUACAAAAAGACCAGCUACUAUAUUCACAUCAUGAUAUUUUUCUAUCUUAAAUUUGUCAAAAUAAAGUAUGAGUCUGUUAAAA